AUCCUGAUAAGGUCAAACAGAGCUCUGUACAAUUGUGCCUAGCCUGACAAGGACAGCUGGGCUCUGUCCCUGCCCUCAGCUUGUGGAGCAUUGGAGGCAAGCAGGCAGCCCUGUGGUAAGGCAGGAAGGGGGCUGCCGGACAGGGUGACCUGCUGUGCAGCUGGGGAUCACAGAGCUCAGCGUCUCCCAGCCUCAGUAAUGCCCUUGCUGACCCCCAGCCCCUUCUGCCACCGGCUGCCCUGCGCUUCCCGUCCCACACUGACCAAGCCCGCUGUCUCCUGGGCCACAGCCGCGCCUCACGCAGCCCCCAGUGCGGCCAUCCCGGUCGUCCUGGGUCCCGCGCGCCCCCGCCCGGGCGGCGUUUGGCUCCGCGCGGCUCCCGUUCGGACGGGCCCCUGCGCAUGCGCGCCCGCCCACCCGGGUGUGGCGCCGGAGGUAGAGGGGAGCGGCCGGACGGGGACGGGCCGGGCUGGGCCCGCGCCUCCAGCGCUGCUGUUCUGGGGCGGUCCCAGGCCUUAUCGUGUUUGGGAAGCCCUGUGGGAGGCCCCGGUACUGGAGCCCCGAGGCACUUUUCCUGCCAUGGUGAACGAGAGGCACAAUGGCAACCUGCUUGUGCACCUGGGACCCAAGCUGCAGGCCUACCCACAGGAGCUGCUCCGGCAGCGACGGGGCCAGGACGGCCAACCCGAAUACCUGAUCCAGUGGAGUAUUGUCAGCUUGGAAGAGAGAGCAGUGGGAGGCAACGGUGCCUCCUGUGCGGAGACCAAGCCAGAGAACAUCUCCAUGUGGAUGUCUGCAGAAGAGGUCUGUGCCACCUGCCCAACGCUGCUGGGCAAGAGAAAGCUGGAAGGGCAGUGGGUGAAAGAGGAGAAGGCAGCCAGCCCAUUUACUGCAGAUGUCCCAGUGGAUGAAGCCUCAUUGCUGGAGAUGAAGGCUGAUGUCAGGAGCCUGGUGCAGCGAGCCAGGCGGCAGAUGAGCAAGAGUGGGGCCCCUGAGUCCUUCAUCCUCAACACCAUCCACGUCCUGAGUGCUUAUGCCAGCAUUGGCUCGCUGGCAAGUGCCUUCAAGGAGACGGGAGCCCUGGACUUGCUGAUGAAGAUGCUGUGCCACAAGGAGAAGCAAAUCCGCCACAGUGCUGGCAACAUGCUGAGGGCCCUGGCUUCGCAUGAUGCAGGGAGCUGGGCCUAUGUCUUGCUGUCCCUGAGCCAACAGGAUGGCAUUGAGCAGCACAUGGACUUUGACAGUCGCUACACCUUGCUGGAGCUGUUCGCUGAGACAACAUCUUCUGAAGAGCACCACAUGUCCUUUGAGGGGAUCCACAUUCCCCAGAUCCCUGGGAAACUGCUCUUCAUCCUGGUGAAACACUACCUGUGUGUCACGUCUCUCCUGGACAAGCUCAGCAGUGACGGGGAGCAGGGAGGGCAGCAGCAGGACUGUGCUGUGCCCAGCCUGUUCCCUGAGGAGAGAAGCCGUGUGAAGCAGGAGUUUGAGUUCAGCAUGGCCAUGGCAAACCUCAUCUUGGAGCUGGUGCACGUGAUGGGCUGGGACCAUGGCCACAAGCCAGAACCGCUGCCCAGACAGGAGCUGCAGCCUCGCACCACCCGUUCCAUCUUCCAGCAUGGGGCCACAUCCUGCACCACUGCGCAAGCAGCCCUCACUCCCCCACCAAAAGAGCCCCUCAGCAUCUUCAAGACGCGCUCAGCCUUCCCAAGCCGCAGCAGCUACGUGGAAUAUGUGCAGGCAACACUGGUGCGUGGCAUGCGGGUGCGGAUGCUGGAGGACUAUGAGCAGGUCAGCGCAGGUGACGAGGGCGACUUUCGCCAGAGCAACGAUGGCAUGCCACCAGUGCAGGUGCACUGGCAAGCCCUGGGCUGUACAUACUGGGUUCACUGGCACAUGGUGGAGAUCAUUGGCCGUGCAGGACAAGAGGAGCAUGAGGGCCAGGAAAAGAUGUCUGCCCUGACACACAACUACAAGCUGGCAGGAGUUGCGCAGCCGUUUUUCUGCAAGCCCUUUGGGGGGCUGUACUCCCUGCCAUACCUGCGCGAGCAGCCGUCCAAGGCUUCAGAGGUCCUGAGCCGUUCUGAGUGGUGGGAGCUGCUCUUCUUCGUGAAGAAGCUGGAAGCACAAGGGCAGAAGGAGAUCAUCUGUCUCAUCCAGCAGGACCAGGGGGAGCAGCUGUCGGAGGUGGAUGAAGAAGCCCUGAUCCAGCUAUCGGUACCUGUGGAGCUGGCCCAGAAGGUGCUGCGGGUCUUGGAGAAGAAGUGCCAGCGCAGCAUCCAGCGUGACCUGCGAGGGUCCCACAUCUACACCAAAUACUUCCUUGGUAGGAGGGCUGAGCAGGAUGCCAGGUUGAACACUGCAGUGUCCUCGGAGGGUGCUGGCUGCAGGAGCACUGACCCUGAAAUCACAAUGGCCAAGGCAGCGAAAGAAGAGCUUUCUGCAUCGAUAGUGCCACCUCAUGCCCUCGCUGCGGUGGCUAAGUCAGAUUCCCAGCUGUUUAAUGAGCUCCUUGAGAGAGAAGGUCUGUUCUUCCCAGAGGUGCCAGAGGAGCAGAUCAGAGUGCUGGGCAGCUCCGAUGAGGCGAGCGAGAGGGGCUCGCUGGCCAAGAUGGCAGCCGUGGUGGACGUGAUCCAGAGCAGCAGCUCAGAGCUGGGACUGUGCUUAGCCGGGCUUAAGCACAUCAUGAAGAUCCUGGAGGAGGAGCCUGAGCCUGAGCCGCGAGUCAGCAAAGUCCAGGGUGGGCUGGGCACCAGGAGUGUUGGGGAGAAGCUGGUGAAGGCGGUGGUGGAGCUGCUGAGCACUGAGGUGGCAGAGAAGGCCCUGGUGGCAGUGACGCUGCGGCUGCUGGCCAUGCUGAUGAUGAAAUACGACUGGCGCAUGGCAUUUGCCACGGAGGGUGGUGUGUGGGCCGUGCUGGCAGGCAUGCAGCAGCACGCCUCCUCUGCCCUGGUGCAGCAGGCCGGCCUGGCGGCCCUGAAGGUGCUGGUGGGAGCUGUGGCUGGCGAGCCAGAAGGCACCAGUGGGAAGGUCUUGCCCCUGAACCAGGCUGACAUGCAGAUGAUGCGAGAGAUCUUUGCCAGCAUCGGCUCUGCUUCCAGCGAGGGCUCGGCAAGCCUGCUGAGUGCCAUCCCUGCUGCCAUGAGCACCAUGCAGAGGGUGCCAGGGGGCUCCUCAGGCGUGCAGAAUGGGUUGCUGGUGGUGAACAUGCUGAUUGACGGCCACCGGGGCCUGGCAGAGCAGCUGGUGAGCUGUGACCUCCACACGGUGCUGCAGAGCUGCUGGUGGGACAAGCAGAGCACUGGCUGCCCUCAGGCCAUGCUGGCCCUCAGCACCAUCAACCGCCUGGCAGAGCACCGGCUACCUCUGUGCCUGGAGAUGGCAGGCAGAGAGGUGCCACUGGGCCUGGGGGACAUGCAGACACUGCUGGGCAGCCUGGGGGACAACAGCACCUUGUCCAAGGAGGUGGUGGUGGUCCUGGAGCGGCAGCUCUGUGCCGAAGGUCCUGUCCCCUCUGGUGAGGCAGCCCGGCUGCUGCAGGACCACGGGUGCUUCAGGCUGCUGCUGCGCAGCUUGAAGCUGCUGGGGACAGAGAAGGCCAUGAGCUUGAGCAUCCUCAGGAUCCUGAACAAGUUCCUGGAGGGUUACCAGGAGGAUGUGCUGCCCUGGCACGAGUGUGUGGAGCCCUGUUUGUUCUCCCUGAGUGCGCACAGCAGCGAUGGGGAGCAGGUGGUGCAGGAGGUUGUGGGCUUCCUGCACCGCCUGGCCAGUGCCAGCAAGGACUGUGCUGCGGUGAUGUGCCAUGCGGGCUCUCGUGAGGCUCUGGCCAAAGCCCUGGACAAGCACCGCACAGCCCCGUCACUGGCACCAGCCCUGCUCGACCUGGUGACCGACUGUGAGAAGUACAGCAGCCUCUGCAGGAAGCUGACAACCAGCAUCUUGGCUGGCUGCAUUCAGCUGGUGUUGGGGCAGAUAGAGGAGCACCGCCGGAGCCAGCAGCCCAUCAGCAUCCCCUUCUUUGAUGUCUUUCUGCGCAACCUGUGCCGAGGCUCCAGCGUGGAGGCGAAGGAGGACAAGUGCUGGGAGAAGGUGCAGGUGUCCUCCAACCCCCACCGGGCCAGCAAGCUGACAGACAGGAACCCCAAGACCUACUGGGAGUCAAAUGGCAGCACCGGCUCCCACUUCAUCACUGUGCACAUGCAGUGUGGGGUGCUGGUCAGGGAGAUGAGCAUGCUGGUGGCCAGCGAGGACUCCAGCUACAUGCCGGCCCGUGUCGUGGUGCUGGGGGGUGACAGCCCAACCACCAUCAGAACCGAGCUGAACACAGUGACCGUCCUGCCUUCAGACAGCAGAGUGGUCCUGCUGGAGAACAUGACCCGCUUCUGGCCCGUCAUCCAGAUCCGAGUGAAGCGGUGCCAGCAGGGCGGCAUUGACACACGUGUGCGUGGCAUCGAGGUGCUGGGUCCCAAGCCCACGUUCUGGCCAGUCUUCAGGGAGCAUCUGUGCUGGCGAACGUUCCUCUUCUACACUGUUCAGGCUCAUGCUUGGUGCCAGGAGAUCUGCUGGGACCGGGGACGACUACUGCAGCUCUUUGGCCGCUGCUGUUGCAGGCUGAACCAGGCUCUGCGGCACGAGCAGGGCUUUGCCGACCGCUUCCUUCCUGACGAUGAGGCAGCCCAGGCCUUGGGCAGGACGUGCUGGGAGGCCCUGGUGAACCCCUUGGUGGAGAGCAUCAUUAGCCCAGACCCCGAAGGCAUCAGCGCCCUGGCCUGGCUGCUGAGGGAGUACCUGGAGAGUGUGGAGCUGCCCCGCCGUGCCACCAGCCGCAGUGCUGUCUUUGGUUCCCGUGUGCGGCGCCUGACCCAACUCCUGGUGCAUGUGGACCCCAGCAGCACAGAGCCAGAGGAGGCGAGAGCAGCUGGUGCAGGGGUUCUUGGAGGUGGCAGGGCAGGCACCAGACCUCGUGGAGCGAUACUGUGGGCUGUACCAGCGCCUGCGUGGGGCCACGGAGGAGCUCUUUGGGCAGCAGGCCGCCUUCAUGCUGGCCCUGGGCCAGGGCUUUGCAGGGGCUUUGCUGCAACUCUCCUUCCUCGCCACCCUGCACGUGAGUCAAGGGAGCGUGGCACCAGUGCCGGGCCCCGGUGUCACCAGCCGCUGGCACUGCCUGGGAGGCUGCCCUGGCCCACAGCCUUGGGUGAGCUCCGGGUGGGGGGUGUCUUAGCCCCCCAGUCAGGUCAUGGAACCGAGUCCUGUGGUGGCCCUGGAUGGUACCCAGCUGCGAGUGCUUGUGUGCUGUCCUGGGCUGGUGCCUGCACACCCUUGGCCCCUGCCCAAGAGCCCCAGGGUUUCCUGGCUGUUCCCCCCAGGGACUUUUCCCCAGCCCGGCCUUGGCGCCCGGUGAGCCCCCUCUGCACCAGCCCUGUUCCUCUGCAGGUGAGCGAGCAGUUUGCCCGCUACCUGGACAGGAAGAUCCAGGAGCUGCAGGGGGCUGCAGGCAGCAUGGGCCCAUUGCAGCAGCUGCAGCAGAUCCUGGAGCCCUUUGUUGUCUUCAGUGGCCUGGAGCUUGCUCACACCUUCGAGCACUUCUACCGGCACUACCUGGGGGACCGGCUCCUGGCGCAAGGGCUGUCUUGGCUGGAAGGAGCUGUCGUGGAGCAGAUUGGGCUGUGCUUCCCCAGCCGCUUCCCCCAGGAGAUGCUGAGGAACUUGGCCGAGUCAGAGGAGCUCCAGCAGCAGUUUUACCUCUUCCGGCUGCAGGAGCAGGACAAGUGGCUGGUGGAGCUGGACACGGGCCUGGACGAGGUGCUGGGGACAGCCUCGGUGGCAGAUGUGCCGGAGGUGAAGGUGCUGGCCCUGUCCCCACGCUGCUGGCCUGUGUCCCCAUUCUGCUACAUGGAUGAACCUGGGAGGUUUUUCCCAGCUGCUCUGAGGUCCCCCCUGGAUGAGUUUGCUGCCUUCUGCAGGCGGAGCCAGAGCCAGCUGGGCUGGGAGUGCUCAAAGCCUCGGCGGCUGCAGUGGACAUGGCUGGGCCACGCCGAGCUGCAGUUUGGAGACUGCGUCCUCCACGUGUCCACCCUGCAGAUGUACAUCCUGCUGUGCUUCAACAGUGCUGAGGAGGUGGCUGUGGAGGCCCUGCUGCAGGCCACCGGGCUCCCUGCUGAGCUGCUGCACCAUGCGCUGACACCGCUGACCCACGGCGAGGGCGUCCUGGUGCGGAGCUGCACGCCAGGAGGUGUGCUGCAGGUGAACCAGGCAGCCCUGGCCUGUGCCUCUGGCCGCCACCUGAGGCUGCUGCCCCAGCAGAGGUACCUGCAGGUGGAGAGGGCUGAUGUCAGCACCCUGGAAAGGAAGAGGAAUGUCCUCUGCUGCCUCAUCACCCGCAUCCUCAAGGUGGAGAAGCAGCUCCACAUUGACAACCUGGUGUUUAGGGUGAUUGAUGCCUGUCAGAGGGGCGAGUUGUGUCCAGGGCUGCAGUUCCUGAGCUUCUGCUGCCACAGCGUGGACGUGCUGUCCUGUGUCCUGCACUUACUGAACCAGGGCUAUCUCCGGCGCCAGGAGGAGAGGCCUCAUGUCUUGGAAUACAUCUCUGCUGAACCCACAACACCCCCUACCUCUCAGGUCCAGCCCCAGGUUGCCUUCCAGACUGUAGAGAUCAAGACAGCAGCACGCCCAGCCUCUGCUGAAAGGAGACAGACAUUUUCUACAUUCAGAGACUGAGAAGAGAGCGUAUGGUGAGGCGCAGCCCCACCACGGGCAGCCUGGACUUCUGGGUCUGAGACCUCCAGCCCCAUGGGGCUUAUGCCUCCCCUUACCUCGCAACAUGGUGUUCUGGUGCUUGGCUGUGCAGAUGAGGCGUGUGAUCCCUUCGAUGACUUGGCUUUUGGGCUCCAGAUCCUUCUCUUUUGGUUUCUUGCUCAGGAACAUCACUGAGGGCCAAGGACAGAUAUGACCAAUGUUACGAUGUCCCCACCUGGCCCUGCGUGGGAGCCCUCACCCCAGAGCUGGCUGCACUGACUGGCCCCUGCUGGGUUGUCUCAGCCUUGCCCUCCUGUGGGCUCCCCGCACCCUUUUAGCAAUAAAUUGUGGCCCCACAGCCAGAGAGCACCCA